UUUAGAUUAUAAUCAUUAUAAAGAUGCUUGGAUUCAGAUAUUCUGGGAUGUUAUCCAGACAAAUUAAGAGCAUUAGCAAAAUCAGAUUAGAUCCAAUCGCUAAGAGAGGAAUUAUGGUACUGAACAAAAUUAGAAGACCCAUCCUUCCAGUUGCUUCUUAUGGAGGAAUGACAGGGCAAAGAAAUUUCACAGCUUUGUACUACGAAGAACUCUUCAAGAAAUACAUGAAAGAUCCAACCAGUGUUAGUCCAGAGUGGAGGAGUUACUUUGAAAACAAGGAUGAAUCUGCCUUGUUCCCAACGAAGCCUCAGAGAUUACCAGAAAUUUCAAGAGGACCUUCAACUGCAAGCAAUGAGUUAGUCUCACUUUUUUCCCAGCUUAUCGGCAAGGGAGGUAUUGCUGCAACAGGCAGCCAGAAUGUUACUGAAGUUGCGAGGGUGUUGAACCUGUACAGAUCCUAUCAAACUGUUGGUCAUGAGAAAGCAAGCCUUGAUCCCCUCGAGCUUAGGAAGACCUACGGAAAUAUCCUUCAGUUGGGUAAAAGGAAGAGAGACAACACUGAAAGACUUGAUUACAGAUUCCAUGGGUUCACUGACGACCAGCUUGAAAAUGAAAUUUUUAUCGACUCAAACUACCAGAGAGGGUUCCUUUCUCAGAAGAAGAACUGGAAGCUAAAGGAUCUUAUCGUAUCACUUGAAAAGGCAUACUGUGGAUCUAUUGGAGUGGAGUACAUGCAUAUGCAGAACGUUGAACAAUGUAACUGGCUCAGAGAGAAGUUUGAAGAGCAAGCUUUUGAUACUCCAGAUAAAGAGUCAAUCGUUCACGCAUAUGAUAGACUGGCAUGGGCAGUUCUCUUUGGAGACUUCCUUCAGUCUAAAUAUAACACUCAGAAGAGAUUCGGUCUUGAAGGAUGUGACUCUUUCAUUCCAGGGUUGAAGGAGACUAUAGAUACUCUUGUUGAUCUUGGAGCUGAAGAAGUUACUAUCGGUAUGCCACACAGAGGAAGACUCAAUGUUCUUGCAAACGUUCUCAGAAAACCUCUUGAUAUCAUUUUCCAAGAGUUCCAAGGAGAGUCAAAGGAUAAGUAUGCUGAUUGGGGUAAAUCAGGUGAUGUCAAAUAUCAUCUUGGUACCUCAUACUCACGUAUCUAUGAAAAUACUGGAAAGAAGGUAGAUAUCCAUCUUCUCCCAAACCCAUCCCAUCUUGAACUUGUUGAUCCAAUAGUUUGCGGAUACGUCAGAGGUAAACAGCAUUACAAAAAUGAUCAAGAAAGAUACAAAAAUUGUGGUAUUCUCAUCCACGGAGAUGCCGCCUUUGCUGGUCAAGGAAUCGUCUACGAAACAAUGCAGAUGAACGACUUGUAUGAUUAUCGUACUGGAGGAACUAUUCAUUUCAUUGUCAAUAACCAAAUUGGAUUUACCACUACUCAAAUAGAUGCUAGAAGCGGAAUCUACUGUACUGAUCUUGCUAAAUCAAUCGAAGCUCCAAUCCUACAUGUAAAUGCUGAUGAUAUCAUGGCUGUCAUGAAGUGUUGUAGGAUUGCAGCUGAAUACAAACAAAAGUUCAAGAACGACAUUAUUAUUGAUAUUAUUGGCUACAGGAAAUUCGGUCACAACGAACUUGAUCAGCCUUCCUUCACACAGCCACUUAUGUAUGAAAGAGUUAGACAGAUGAAAAAUGUUCUUGAUAAAUUUGAAGAUGAAGUGAUAGAACUUGGCUAUUUGACAAAAGAGCAAGCUCAAACUGAAUAUAGAGACAGAAUCUGGGCCAAUAUGAAUGAGAAGUACAACAUUGCUAGACAGAAGGAAGCCGAUAAGGCCGAAUGGGAGGUCACCGAAUGGGAUACUAUCAGAAGGCCUGAGAACAUGGCAGAAUUCAGAAAUACGGGACUUCCUAUUGAUAAGUUGAAGGAGAUUGGGAAAAAUAUAUCAACCAUUCCAAAGGAUUUCGACGCUCACAGAAUGGUCAGGAAGAUCUAUGAUACUAGAUACAAGAGCAUUGAGGAAGGACAAGGAAUUGAUUGGGGAACUGCAGAGGCUCUUGCUUUUGCUACUCUUAUUGACGAAAACUUCCACGUCAGAGUCUCAGGACAAGAUGUAGAAAGAGGUACCUUCUCUCACAGACACGCAGUUGUUCAUCAUCAAAAUGCUGAUGAAAAAUUCAUCCCUCUUGGUAAGAGUAGUGAAGGAACAGCUAGGAAAUUCAUUGCUUCAAACUCUCAUCUCUCUGAGUUAGCUGUACUCGGUUUUGAAUAUGGAUACUCACUUGUGAAUCCUAACUCCCUGACAAUUUGGGAAGCACAGUUCGGAGAUUUUUAUAAUGGAGCACAAGCUGUUGUCGAUCAAUUCAUCAGUUCUGGAGAAGCCAAAUGGGAUGUCUCAAGCGGACUUGUUAUGCUCCUUCCUCAUGGAUAUGACGGAGCUGGGCCAGAGCACUCUUCUGGAAGAGUUGAGAGAUUCCUUGAAAUGUGUGAUGAUGAUCCAGAUACCAUUCCAGAAUGGGGUCCAUCAUACUUCAACAAAAACAUGAAGAGACAUAACUGGCAAAUUGUGAACUGCUCGACUUCUGCAAACUAUUUCCAUGUACUCAGAAGGCAGAUGCACAGAGAUUAUAGAAAGCCUCUGAUUGUCAUGGCUCCAAAGAAGCUUCUCAAACUUAAGGAUGCAGGAUGCCCAAUUGAAGACUUUAGAGAAGGACUCAAAUUUAAGAGAACAAUCCCUGAAAGAAACGAGGAGCUAGUGAAAGAUGAUAGCAAGGUAAAGAGAGUAGUUUUCUGUACUGGACAAGUCUACUACGAUCUCAGAAAAGAAAGAGAUUCUAGAAAGGAUGCCGAGACUGUUAUAGUCACAGUUGAGCAGAUCUCUCCAGUUCCAUAUGAUCAUCUUAAAGAGGUAUUUGAGAGAUAUCCAAAUGUUAGUGAUGUAGUUUGGUGUCAAGAAGAGCCAAAGAACUAUGGUGCCUAUAGCUAUCUUGCUCCUAGAUUCAGCACUCUUUUCAAGAAGCUUGGACUAUCUGAAAAGUUAUCCUUGAGAUAUUCUGGAAGAAAUCCAAACAGUUCUCCAGCAACUGGAUUCCACAAGGUUCAUUCAGAACAACAGAAGAAACUUGUUGAGGAAGCUUUACAAUAA